AGUAGAGGCUGGACUCAGUGAUGGCACAGAAGUGUGCCCUCACCAGAUGAUCAAUCUUCCCCCUUGUAGGCAGACUCAUCCCCCCAGAGAUGAGCCGAAUGAGGGUGGUGUCAUCCGAAAACUUCAGGAGCUGAACAGACUGGUGACUGAAGGGGAAAUAGCAAUUUCUUCCUCUAAGGUGGCUCUGGAUGAUAACCAUAAGACAAACUAUGGAAGAAGGGGUCAGUGAGGUGUUAUCUAGCGUAGUGGAGGAUGUCAGUGAAGCCGUCAGUAGAAACAUUGAUGGUGCUCAGCUUCUGCAUGAACUACUCAGUGCUCCAUGGUUGCACGCCUUACUAAAGAUUUAUGAGUGCCUGUUGCAGUUUCAGAGAUCGACACUGAGCCCACUUCUACCGUGUGCCUCUGGACUGUCACUUGAGAUCAUGGCCAUAAUACAAAGAGCACACCGCCCUUCAGCCGAAGCUUGUGAGCUCUACAACCUCCUCAGCUCACCACAUGUCCAGGCCUUCCUAUCAUCUCAUGACAGUGUGGCACAGUCUGACUAUUUACCUCUCCUUCCUCCGCUGCCUGAUGAGUUACCUGAGGAUGAGGAAGCCAUGAGGAUUGUUUGUCUUGUGAAGAACAACCAGCCUCUAGGGGCGACCAUAAGGAGGGAUGCAGUAACGGGAGACAUCUACAUUGCCCGAGUGAUUCAUGGAGGACUGGCAGACCGAAGUGGACUCCUUCAUCCCAGUGAUCUGUUAGUGGAGGUGAAUGGUAACUCAGUGGUGGGGCUGGAGCCAGAAAAGGUCAUACAGAUACUGAACAGUUCGAUUGGAACUAUUCUGUUUAAAGUUAUUCCAAGGUCCACUCACAUCACCAGCAACCAGAAGCCGGUGUACAUGAGGGCGAUGGUGGACUACUACCCCCUGCAGGAUGCCUCCAUCCCAUGUCCAGAUGCAGGGAUGGCAUUUAACAGAGGGGAUCUGCUGGAGGUGGUUGACCAAUCAGAUGCACUGUGGUGGCAGGCCAGAAAGCUGCCCUGUGGGGCUUCCUUCGCUGGUCUAAUUCCCUCUGCUAACAUGCUGAGGAGUAAACAGAAGGACCAGUGGUGGUGUCAACCAUCCCACGUUCAUAGCUGCAUCAGGCCUCAGCAGUCUCAUCAGGUGUGUGUUUCCUCCCUGCUUACUGAAGAUAACCUGGCUGAUAAUGAGAAGGAUCUAACUCAUACUGAUGGCAAAAGGAUCUUAACAGAUAUGGAAAAUAAUAAAGACAUAAACUUUGGUGAGGCAGACUCAGAUGUUAUUGAAGGAAUAUACCUGGCUGGCUUCCGUCGAAGUUUUCGUCUGUGGCGAAGGACGUCCUUUAAAAGGAGGCGGCAGUCCUGCACCUCCUACUCGCCCAGCAGCAAUGCUGUGUCCACCCCUUACGAGGAGGUGGCGUUGUACCAGCGCCUUCCGCAGGAGAGCCACCGCCUCAUCAUCCUAAUUGGUGCUUCAGGAGUUGGAGUCAAUGAGCUAAGGAAGAGACUCAUCCAACUGAAUCCUUCAACCUUCCAGGGACCCGUACCUCACACAACUCGUCAAAUAAAAGAAGGGGAACAGGUGGGUAGAGAGUACCACUUUGUUACCAAAGAGCUGUUUGAGUACAUGGUCUGCAACCACAGAUUUGUAGAGUAUGGGGAGAGUAAGGGCCAACUGUAUGGAACCAGCAUUGAUGCUAUUGACGAGGUGCUAAAACAAGGCCGGAUGUGCAUCAUCGACAUUGAACCACCUAGCAUUCAUUUGUUACGGUUAAGAAACCUGAAGCCAUAUGUGAUUUUCAUCAAAGCCCCGAGCCCAGAAAGUCUGAGACAAACUCGAAGGAACUCCAGAAUCAUCACCAGUUACGCCAUCAACAGGGCAUUCACAGAGGAAGACUUUUUAGAGCUUGAGGAGACUUCCCAUCUUUUCGAGGCCAAAUACAAGCAGUAUUUUGACAGCGUUGUGGUGAAUGAUGACUUGCAGGAUGCCUGCAUGCAGCUGUGCUCCGUCAUCCAGCAGGCGCAAAACGAGCCUCAGUGGAUUCCUGUCAGCUGGCUGCAUGCAGAGGACUAGCACAGGAGAGGAUGGGGAGGAAGGCAGAGAUGUGCUACUGAAUUAUCUAAAGAGAAGAAAAGUGAAAAUGAUGAGGAUGUAGCGAAUGGUUAGGGAUGUCUCACUUAAGCUUGCCAUCGAUGUAUGGGUAGAAUCAGUAUGUGGUACAUUUUUAUCAGUCUCAUUAAAUAAAAGAUGUUUUUAUCAGUCUUAAA